AUGCCCCCUUCCAAACCAAAAUUGACAAACGAGGGACAGAUUCCCGGAGAGGGGAGUUCUGUCGGAGCUAUCAGCUUCUCGCCAGACGGGAGUCUUCUUGCAACAGGCAAUGAUUUGGGCAUCCUCACGGUGAGGUUUAUGCACAUUUUCACUAUGACACAAGGCGGCACUUCUCACAUGUACAACGUUCAACGCAGCAGAUUCGGCAACCUAACUCAGAUUGGAAACGGUUGCGACGUUUAUACGCACUCAAUUGGCGAUUGGGUUCACUGGCGAACGACGAACAUGCGCAGGAUUGAUUUCACAGCCCUUCUCUGUCCUUGUGGCCUGGUUUGGGGCAGUCGGACUGUAGUGCGUGCCAUCCCACAAAUCCAAUAUCCUACCUUUACACCUGAUACAAGCGCUUACUCUGCCCAUCAUCCGCACAAUAUUUUAUGGAGGAUCCCGCCAGGCGACAACAGCUGGAUCCAGUUACUUGCUGUCUGGAACAUGGCAAUCGGGAUAGAAUGGUACUCCCUCGCCGACAGAAGGCACCUCAGUACCACUACGUAUCAGUCGUUGGGAAGAGCCGGCCAGCGGCGGGUGGUUCGAUUGGUUUUCAUUGAUGAAAAAACAAUAGCAAUGGGGCACGUGGAUGGCCAGGUCGUGAUCGCAAGUUGGUGUUGCAAGAGAGAUCCGCCUCAAUUUUCGAUGCAAAGGAACGACAAGAAAAGGGGAUGUGAGCCUCUCAGUGCUGCUAUUGCAUUUCACGUCGUCCGCGGCACUCCCACUCUUCUUACCGCAAACGGUGAAGGAAGAGACGCAGUCCUUGUUCUGUUGCGCGUCGAUUUGCCUCCAGAUGAUGCGGGAGAUUUGUUGCGCUUCCAGUUGGCGACAAAUCCAGGACACUUCAUGUUCAACACCUUCUACUGCACAUGUACUGGUUUCAUUUUGUUUGUCUCCGUGGCUCUUCUAGUCUUAGCAUUGGUGAUCUCUAAUUGGCCAUUGUUUGUCGUGACUAGCACUACCGAAAUGGGACCCUCCGUUAAGUUGCGCACGAUGCCCCGUGACAACGUCGUGGACUGCAUACAUCGCCAAGGGAAUAUCACUGGUUGGGGCUGA